AUGAAUUCUAAAAACAACAACAAAACUCGAAAUGAUAGUCCAUCAACAUCUUCACUACCUCAAAGUCCUUAUAAUCUCCGCCGUAAUCAAUUACAACGAUGUGCUGUCUCCAAACGAAGUAAUUCAGCUAAAUCAAAAAUAGAUACGUCUAUUGCUGUUGCUACUGCUUCAACUGAAAAUCUUAAUGCAAGUUCAACAAAUUCACAAAUUGUAUCUGAUCCAGUUGAAUUAACAUCAAAUGACAGCCAACACUUAUCUGCAAAUAAUAAUACAAAUGAAAUGGAACGGUCCGAGGACGAGGAAGAGGUUACAAUUUUAGAACAACAAGCUAACCGACAAACCAAUAAACUAACAUCUGCGUGGCCAUAUUUCGAUUAUUUAUCGAAUAAUUUUUAUAUGUCCCUAAUCUGUUUGAAAGUAAGGAUGUAG